GAACGGCGAUUUUUGUUAUGAGACGAACUUUGUUGUCUGUUGUUGUUGUUGGAAAAAUGAGACGGUCGCAGUGUCUCCCGAAGAAAAUGGGAGACGCUGAGACCGUCUCGAGACGAACCGUCUCCUAGUGUGGACUAGGCUUUAGAAGUAACUGUUUACAUCGAUUAAAAUUUCAUUCAUAAUGGAUGGCCGGGACUUUCUCCUAGGAGGAGUUGCUGCUAUGGGCGCAACAUUAUUUACUAAUCCGUUGGAGGUGGUUAAAACUCGUAUGCAGUUGCAAGGAGAACUCGCUGCAAAGAAUACCUAUCACAAGCCCUACAGAGGCGUAAUUGAUGCAUUUGUUACUAUAGCAAAGAACGAUGGAUACUGGGCUUUGCAGAAAGGUCUAGUGCCUUCACUUUAUUUUCAAUUCGGAAUCAAUGCGGUUAGACUAGGAAUAUACAACGCAGCUUUAAAUUCUGGUUAUACGUUAUCACCCAACGGAUCACAAUCGCUCUGGAAAAGCGCACUAUGGGGUGGAAUAGGUGGAUUUAUUGGUAGUGCCUUGACUAGCCCAUUUUUAAUGCUUCGCACCCAUUUACAAUCACAAGCGUCCGCUAGUAUAGCUGUAGGUUAUCAACAUAAACACACCGGUAUGGUUAGUGCUUUGAGAGAAAUUUUUCGAAAGCAUGGAAUUCAAGGAUUGUAUCGCGGAGUUUCCGUAACAAUGCCCCGUGCAAUGCUAGGCAGUGGUGGUCAAUUAGCUGGAUUUGGUGUCUCAAAAGACUUCCUGUCACGAAAUCCUUUGUACAGAGAUCAGUCCGAGCGAAUUGUGUCCUUAAUGUCAGGAAUAGCUGGUGGAACAGUUAUGGCUAUAACAAUGACACCACCAGAUGUCGUCGCUACCCGUUUGUAUAAUCAAGGAGUGGAUAACCAAGGAAAAGGCUUAUAUUAUAAAGGCGUUUUCGAUUGCACCAUAAAAAUUUACAAAACCGAAGGCAUUGCUGAUUUAUACAAAGGCUUUUGGCCGCAUUACAUGAGAAUUGGACCGCACUCAAUGUUAGUAUUAAUGUUUUUCGAUGAACUCAAGAGUAUGCAGAAGGUUUACAUACAGAAAACAUCGGAUCUAAGUUCAUGUAAAUGACAGCUUCGUAUAUCCUUUGAUUAGAAUUCAGGUAGAUGUAGCUUGAAAGAUAUAACUCGCGCACGUACUUGCCGUGAAUCGUAUUUGUGGCAUACAAUUCACUCGUGAACGGUAUCUAUGUGAUCUAUGUAGGCAUAAAAAUUUGAAAAGCUUUAAAAUUGGACUUGAUUGUCCUUAUGGUUGUCAGUUCUACUUUUUCUUCAAUUUGAUUGUGAGAAAUGUUAUCGAAAAAUUCAAUAAAUCUUUUAUGUAAAAUAAA